CAUUCCAACCAAUCAGAGGGAGCUGGGCGGCCCUUCAUCAACUCUUUAAAAGCCAGACCCAGCGUCUGCUCUGACACUUCAAUCCUGAUAUUUCAGGCUGUAAUCGCACUGCUGAAGGAGAAUGGCUCGGACCAAGCAAACAGCGCGUAAAUCGACCGGUGGCAAAGCUCCCCGCAAACAACUGGCGACCAAAGCGGCGCGCAAGAGUGCUCCGGCAACAGGCGGAGUGAAGAAGCCCCAUCGCUACCGGCCCGGCACCGUGGCUCUGAGGGAGAUCCGGCGCUACCAGAAAUCCACCGAGUUGCUCAUCCGCAAACUGCCCUUCCAGCGCCUGGUGCGCGAAAUCGCUCAGGACUUCAAAACCGAUCUGCGCUUCCAGAGCUCGGCCGUCAUGGCCCUGCAGGAGGCCAGCGAAGCUUACCUGGUGGGGCUCUUUGAGGACACCAACCUGUGCGCCAUCCACGCCAAGCGAGUCACCAUCAUGCCCAAAGACAUCCAGCUGGCCCGGCGUAUCCGCGGCGAGCGCGCCUAAACCCGACCUCGGCACCAAGCACAACAAAAGGCUCUUUUCAGAGCCACUAAUCCGGCAGAGAAAAGGGCUCUGAGUUCCAGUUUGUUAUCCUUUUGUGUUGAGGACGCACCAUUCCCCUCUGACCUUUCCUUGUGGGUGUUUUGUUCAAAUGUCCCUUUUGGUCUCGAACUCCAACACGGAAAAAUUGCAGUUUUGUGCCUUUGGGUCAUCGGCAGCAAACGCCAGAUGCAACCUCUUACCCCACAAUCCAAGUGUCGUUGUCCCACACCACUGCCGUGUACAGGUGGUUAUUGUGGGCAUGGUUUCCAGUUUUCGGUUGUUACUGUUUUGGAGAUU